AUGAUUGUUUACAAUCUCAACCAAGAGCCAUGCCAUCCCGAUCAACCAGUCCUUACCGGUCCGCCGAGAAUCUCACUCCCAUCCUCGAUCUACGCACUGAAGACAAAAGCCGGGAUCCGACAGAGCGGCCAGACCAUUCGCAGGUUACAAGUCGUGGUGCUCCUGCACGCCAUUCACGUCGGCAGCGAUCGGAGUAUCGGUCCUGGGAUCGGGCGAGUGAUGUGCCCAGAACGGGGACGACGGGGUCCAAGUAUCGAUCGCGGUCGAGGCAUUAAGAGUCGAGAACUGUAG